AUUCUGCUCGUUCGUUAUCUCGGCCCACUUACAAGGCGAGGGCGAUCCAAUUUUUUUCCCACCCUUUUUCGCAAAGUUCUUGACCGCUUCAUGCUUCGCAUCUCCUGACAAUGGCGGCCACCACCAAAGUGGUGCUGCUUGACAUUGAGGGCACAGUUUGCCCCAUAUCAUUCGUCAAAGAUAUUCUUUUUCCCUAUGCUCUUCAGGCACUUCCUGGCACCCUGAACACGCAGUGGGACAGCCCGGCAUUUGCUCGGUACCGCGAUGCGUUCCCGGCAGAGCACGCCGCGUCGCGCGAGGCCUUCGCCGCGCACGUCGAGGACCUCACCCGCCGCGACGUAAAGGCGCCCUACCUCAAGAGCCUGCAGGGCUACCUCUGGGAGAAGGGGUACCAGACGGGCCAGCUCAAGGCGCCGCUGUUCCCGGACGUGGCGCCCAGGUUCGCGUCGUGGAAGCGCGAGGGCGUCACCGUCGUCAUCUACUCGUCCGGCUCCGUGCCCGCCCAGAAGCUACUGUUCGCGCACACAAACGGCGACCCGGCCGACCUAGUGCCCGACAUCGCUGGCUUCUUUGACACAGUCAAUGCCGGCCCCAAGACUGAGGCCGCGAGCUACGAGAAGAUCGCUGCCCGGUUCCCAGAGGACCUCGCCGGCGAGUGUCUGUUCCUCAGCGACAACGUCAAGGAGGUCGAGGCUGCUAAGCUGGCUGGCAUGCAGAGCUUCGUUGUCGAGCGGCCUGGUAACGCAGAGCUCUCUGCAGAGGCGCGGCAGCAGCACAGGGUCAUCCAGAGCUUUGCCGAGCUAUGAUGGACCCCGACACUCUGAAUGCAUGGCAUCCAUUGCCUCCUCGAGCGCAAGAGGCAAUUGGACUAGAGAAUGCAUCAUCAUGACAUUAUUUGCAGUAAAUCUCCAACUGCGCAGGGUAGCUGGGGCCCGGUAUCCCCCCGUUGGAAAGGUCAAGAUCGGCAUGAUUGGGUAGUCAGGGUCGCUGCGUCUGGAGGAGCAUCGUCACAGCGCCGGUCUGGUCAGGCAAUUCGUAAUUUGGCUCUUCAAUUCCCCGCGUUGCUUCGAGGCAAGAUAGAUACCUAGGUACCUAGUUUACUCUGCUUUGGCCGACACAGUGUUUGUCGUCGUCGACGCUCUCAAUGUGAUGUGAAAACCGUCAUCUGAAAAAAAGAAAUGCCCGAGUCAAAU